GUGUAUGACAUUGUUCAUUUCAGUUUAUGAACUCCCUCUAAUGGAAUUUCGCAUUCUUCAACAGUCUCCCUCGCGUUAUGCAGGCAUCUCUUUCUCUCCACACCAACUCAUAUUAUUGCUGCAUUGUUUUCUCAACGUCUUCUUCUUUCUGGUGGAUUUUAUUUGAUUUCAGUUUUAAAAUUAGGAUUUUAAUUGAUUUUAUCUAUCUGGGUUCUUGUGUAAGCCUCGUCUUGAAUCAAUUUUAUCCGGGUGUUCUGGUGUUUUUUAGUUUAUUAACCUAUUCGUUGUUUCUACACAAAGGUAGGGUUGCUAUCUUUUACGAAAGUUCUAUUGGGGUUGCGAUUUCAAUGAGGAGCCUUUUUUACAUCUUUGUUUGAUGAUUGUUUUUAAGUUUUUUAGCAGAUUAUUCGAUUAUUUGGAUAAGAAGAGAAAAUUGAACAGGGAGUUUCCUUUGCUUGGUCAAGCCCCGGUUGGGAAUUCGGAAGUUUUUUGGUUGGUCUUCGGCGAACACAACGUUUUUGCAGAAGACAUCUUUACGAAUUGAACCUAGAAGACAACCCCAAUAUCGUUCGGAAGUUAAUAGAGGGGCUGUACUCUGUUCAACUAGUUUAAAUGACAGUCCGCUGGCGAACUAUGAUAACGUGAAAAUUGUUUAUUCUAUAGCGGCUGCCACGGGUCAUAAUAAGGUACUCUGAGUCUACUUAAGACUAGGAAUCUCAUCCAGAAUCUCAUCUCAGGGUUCCUGCAAUAGCAAAUGCUCUUGAAGAUAUGGAACUCACACCUAAGUUUCUAGGCUCAAACAUCAUUCAACUUGAAAAUUACAAACCUGCUUCAGUUGAUGACAUUGUGAGUGUUCAUUCAAAAUCAUAUGUGGCCGGCCUUGAGAAGGCUAUGGAUAGGGCUUCUCGAGAUGGACUUAUUUUAAUUGAAGGCUCUGGACCGACGUAUGCCACUGCCACUACAUUUAAUGAAUCGCUAGUUGCAGCUGGAGCAGGAAUUUCUUUAGUUGAUUCAGUGGUCAAAGCAUCACAAACCCACAAGAAUCCACCAAUUGGUUUUGCAUUGAUAAGACCUCCAGGACAUCAUGCUGUCCCCAAGGGACCGAUGGGAUUCUGUGUUUUUGGAAACGUAGCUAUUGCAGCUCGUUAUGCUCAACGUGUGCAUGGAUUGAAACGUGUCUUUAUUAUAGAUUUUGAUGCUCACCAUGGGAAUGGAACAAGUGAUGCAUUCUAUGACGAUCCAGAUAUAUUCUUCCUUUCAACUCACCAAGAUGGAAGUUACCCUGGAACUGGUAAAAUGGACGAAGUGGGUCGUGGAGAUGGAGAAGGAACAACUCUGAAUAUUCCUCUACCGGGAGGAUCAGGUGAUUAUGCCAUGAAAAUGGUGUUUGAUGAAGUAAUUGUACCCUGUGCUCAAAGAUUUAAGCCUGAUAUCAUUCUUGUCUCUGCUGGGUAUGAUGCUCAUGUGUUAGAUCCAUUAGCCAAUCUGCAAUUCACGACCGGAACAUACUACAUGCUCGCAUCCAAUAUUAAACAACUGGCAAAGGAGUUAUGCGGGGGUCGAUGUGUUUUUUUUCUAGAAGGAGGUUAUAACCUUGAGUCUCUUUCGUAUUCAGUGGCUGAUUCGUUCCGUGCAUUUCUUGAUGAGCCAAGCUUGGCGUCAGAGUUUGAUAACCCUGCAAUCUUGUAUGAAGAACCAUCAAGGAAGUUUAAGCAAGUGAUCCAGCAAGUGAAACAAAUACAUUCACUUUAAGAGUACUUUUAGGUGGGUGCUGACAGUAGGCCAAUGAGCCAAGACAAAGAAUACAGGCCUGUGAUGGAAGUGGAAGAACAGAUAAAUUGUCCUCCAAUCCAAUGCUCUCAGUAAUUUCUUCCAAGUUUUCCUUGGCAACUGUUCUGGCCAAGAAGCCAUUAGAUAAAUAUUGGUAACUCAUAGCUUUUGAACCUUGUAAAUUAGAGUUACGUGGCUUCUACUAACUCCUACCUCCUCGUGUUGUUUCAUGAGGGAAGAGAUUGCCUUACUAUCUACUUAGUUUAUCUACUUUUAAAUAGUUGCAUGUGUGAUAAUGUAUAUCAUCUUCACAUCUGUUAAUAAUGGGAAAAUUUUUUAUUUUUAAAAUAUAGUAAAAUUUUAUAUGAA